AUGAAAUUAAAACUAUCUAUCUUCAUUCAAGUUAUUUUUUGAUAAACAACCAAUUUCAAUAUAUUUUCUUAAACUUAAUUUGACACAAAUAACAGAAGUAAAAAUAUCAAAAUGAAAAGAACUAUUGCAAUAUUGGCUCUGGUAUUCAGUAUUUCAUCUGCAUUUACUGCAGAUAAUGUUUCUAUACAAGCAAAUUGGUCGUCUGAUGAUGACACAUUGCCAGAAAAAUUACCAAAAAAAUUAAUGGGUAAAACUGAUGAUGAAAUUCAAAAGGCUGUGUUUCAAGGAUAUGAAAAUCAACUUAAAGUGAUUUCUGAGUACAAUGGAAAUUUGUUGGAUUCAGAAUCUCCUUAUGCGUACUUUAAGGAUGAAAUGCCUAUUCCUAAUACAAGAACUUCUAAUCCUCAAUCUGAUGUUGUAUUUUACAACAAUGCCAUUAGAGGAUUUAUUGGAUAUAAUAAGAACAUCAUAAUCAUCAAAUGGGUUCCAGAUCAGGUGGUUACAGAAAUAGGAUGGAAGGAAUUAAGUGUUAGAGGAAGAUACACCUUUAUAAACUCUACCUAUUUGGAUCAAGGAAGAUAUCAUAUCCAACUAAAAGAUAUGACGUAUCUUGCUAGCACCACACUUUCAGAAAAUUCCGGAGCAUAUCCGUCGACGGUACCAAAGUCUAGUAUUUCAUACAAGAACAUACUAGUGUCAUUUACUGGUGGCUUACCACAAUUAUCCAAGACAAGUGAUUCUACAAAUGUCAAGCACUUUGUGGAAGACAUAAUAUUCCAAAAUGUUGCCGACCGUAUUCUCAAGGACACCCACAAAAACAUCACUUCGGCUAUACGUCAGUCCGUCUCGAAGUAUGUCAUCUUCCAAAACGAUACGGUUUUUAAUUUCCCGGGUGUCAACGGAAAACUACCUACCGGCACCACAGGAUAUAGUUUCAGUAACACGAUUAUUAGUGGCCUUAGUAAUACUGAAAUUAAAUUGAAGAAGAUCACUGCGAAAAUUGCUGUUAACACGUUGACCACUGAUUUACGGGUGACGAUCCAUAGUUUAAAUGGUAAAACUGAUUUUAAGCUUGAAGAGAGUAAACCUACCAUAGGAAAAGCAACAUUUACUGUCGGCCGAAUCGAUGCCAACAUAUCUUUCAACAUGCUCAAAACUACCGAAUGCAAGUCUGAGGUGACAAUCAACCAGUCAAAUAUGAAAUACGAUGCAAAACUUACGGGUGACAAUGAAAAGGUUUUAACCAAAGCAUUUUUUGACAAUAUUACAGCUCAAUUGAAUACUAAAAUCUGCAAAACUUUCGGCCAGACUACUAAAUAAACAUAGUAGAUAUCCAAGUAUUAUAUUCACUGUAUCUACUAUACAAAUAUACUAUAUAUUUGUCUUAUUAAAUUAAAUAUUUUACUUUCAAGAAUUUUCAUUUUA